AUGUCUUCGGCUCCGCUGCUCGGCGCCGGCGAGCCCUUCGGCGAAUGCCGCGAGGCAAAGCGUCCCUCGCCGGCGUGGCUGCGCCGCCUGAUCGACACGGAGGAGGCCUGGGCGCAGCUACAGUUCGCGCUGCCGAUGGUCCUGACCAACAUGUCCUACUACGCCAUCCCGCUGGUGUCCGUGAUGUUCUCCGGCCACCUCGGCAACGUCCACCUCGCCGGCGCCACGCUCGGCAACUCCUGGGCCACCGUCACCGGCUACGCCUUUGUUACCGGCAUGAGCGGCGCCAUGGAGACGCUGUGUGGACAGGCCUAUGGUGCCCGGAUGUACCGCCUGCUGGGCUUGUACCUGCAGUCGUCGCUCAUCAUGUCAGCGGUGGUGUCCGUACUCAUCUCCGUUGUGUGGCUGUUCACGGAGCCAAUUCUGUUGUGCCUGCAUCAAGAACCUGAGGUGUCCCACGCCGCCGCGGUGUUCAUCCGUUACCAGGUGCCCGGGCUGUUCGCCUACUCCUUCCUACAGUGUCUGCUGCGGUAUCUGCAGACACAGUCGAUUGUUGUGCCACUUGUUGUCUGCUCCAUGGUGCCGUUUGUGCUCCACAUCGCCGUGAACUACCUGCUAGUGAAUGUGGUCGGAUUGGGCCUCACCGGCGCUUCAUUGGCCAUCUCAGCCACGUUCUGGGUCUCGUGCCUGAUGUUGCUCGCAUACGUGAUGUGGUCCAAGGAGUUCGAUGAGACGUGGAAGGGCUUCUCCACCGACGCUUUCAACUAUGUGUUGCCGACAAUCAAGCUCGCCAUGCCCUCUGCCAUCAUGGUCUGCUUGGAGUACUGGGCUAUUGAGCUCCUCGUGCUGAUCGCCGGCCUACUGCCGAAUUCCACUGCAAGCACGUCGUUGAUUGCCAUAUGCGCAAGCACGCAGGCCAUUUCCUACAUGAUCACCUAUGGGUUCAGUGCCGCUGUGAGCACCAGGGUGUCAAAUGAGAUCGGGGCCGGUAACGUGGACAGAGCAAAGAAUGCGGUCAUGGUGACGAUGAAGCUGUCAGUGUUCCUUGCCCUCUCGUUCAUUCUGCUGCUAAUUGUCGGCCAUGACCUCUGGGCUAGCCUCUUCACGGAGAGCACGGUGAUUGUGGCAAAGUUUGCAGGCAUCACCCCACUCCUGACGAUCUCCAUCGUGCUGGACUCCGUGCAGGGUGUGUUGUCAGGGGUGGCACGGGGCUGUGGAUGGCAGCACCUGGCAGCAACGACGAACCUGGUGGCGUUCUACUUGGCCGGCAUGCCGGUGGCCAUCCUGUUGGCCUUCAAGCUCAACUUGUACACCCACGGUUUAUGGUUGGGCUUAAUCACAGGGCUAGCCUGCCAGACCAGCAUGAUGGUGCUGAUAACCCUCCGCACGAAAUGGUCCAAGCUAGUGGAUGCCAUGGUGAAAAAUCGGGAUGGCUAUGUCGCUUGA